CGGUCUCCCUCGUCCGAUCACGUCUCCAAAGACUAAAAUCUCCCAUCUUUUUUUCUGAUGACUCCUCGUCAUUCCCCAGAGCUUAUCUUCCUUCCCUCCACGUCAAGAACCUUGUGACACCUCCUCAGCCUUUGGCCUCUUGAUACCCUAUAAAUCCCAUCGUCCCUCCGCUGUUCACCUGUCCAAAUAGGCAAAUACCAGCGAGAGCAGAGGAGACACCACGAAAGGAACCCGAGAGAAGGGGUCUUGGCUUGUUGCGAGCACAUGAGGAUCCACCCAGCAGCAGCUCCCGCCGGCGGCAAGAAGGACCUCCGCCGGCUGCCGCACGUGUACAGCAAGGUGCUCGAGCUGCCGCUCCCGGCGGACACUGACGUCGAGGUGUUCGAAGGCCCCGACGCCCUCCACUUCGUUGCCACCGGUGCCCGUGGCGCCGGCGUGGUGCAGGUGCGCACCGUGAGGAUCCACCCCGGGGUUACCAAGGUAGUGGUGCAGGCAGGAGGCACCGGCGGCGGUGAGAAGGCUGGCGCCGAUGACAUGGAGCUUGACAGGUGGCGGUCCCGGUUGCCCGAGGCGAGUCAUCCUGAGAUGGCGGUGGCCGGGUACGUCGACGGGAAGCUCGUUGUGACGGUGCCAAAGGGCCGUGAUGGCGGUGAAAGCGCUGAUGCCAGCCAAGGUGAGGUUACCUGCAGAAGCUGCAGUGGAGGAAAGAUCAGUGGAAGACUGGUGGUUGUACAGUAGUAGUAGAGACUAUAUAGUGCGGUGGUUGUUCAUCUAAUCCACUAUCUAGUAAUGUCUUGCCAUCUUUGUUUUUUUUCCUGAAGAUGGGCUGUUUAUUAUGUUACUUCCCUUGCCUGGUUUUAGCAUCAGAUGUUUCACAAGCUGCCUUCCCGCUGGUUCUUAAGCGUAUAGAAACAGCUAUUGUAAUUUAUCUUAGAUUUCCUUGAAAAGUUGAAAACAAAUGUAAAUUCUAGAUAGACCUAUGGCUCUUGAGAUAUCAUUAUCCCCGUCUUGGUGUGCCCACUUGAUGCAAAUUGGAUUUUAUCGUGUUAGAUAAGGUUUGGUGGAGCA